AUGCCUCUUAAGAUAAUUCAGUUCAAAGUAAACAGGAGAAGAAAUGCUCACAACCUAUUGCAAAAAACAGCUGACGAGAAAGAGGCAGGCAUCUUAGCAAUACAGGAACCAAAUAUAAACAUGAUCAAAGAUAACCCCGUAUGGAUCAAGGAUCUAGAUAAUGAUACGGCUAUCCUGUGUAGGAAUAAAAAAUAUGGCAUAGUCAAGCAUACCAGAGGUCACGGAUACAUAACUCUCAACUUUGGAAAAUGGUCUUUGAUAAACUGCUACUUCUCACCAAAUAAAUCCCUACAAGACUUUAAAAUAUACUUUGACACCGUGAUAGAGCAAGCCCGAAUGAGUCCUAAUUUUGUAAUAGCUGGAGACCUAAAUGCAAAGUCAACGCUGUGGAACUCCAGGUACACUGCCCCCAGAGGCGAUUACAUCGCAGAAUGGAUGAGCACACUGAAUAAACAAUAUCGGAAAUACGCCAACCUUCUCCAGAGGCAGACAAGCCUCAUAUAUAGAUGUCACUCUAUCCUCGCAAGGGAUGGCAGAUGA